CUCGACGAGCUCAAGCAGUUCAAAGUCGCCCUCGCGCUCUAUGAGGACGGCCUCGCGACGCUCCUCGGCUGCCUCAAGCAGGAGCGCGACGCGGCGAAAAAAGCCCAGCUGGCUCAAAAGUUCGAGGAGUAUUUGGCGAGAGCGGAGCAAUUGAAAGCGUCGCUCGGCGCGCGCGCGCCGGACCACCACGCCUACGGCGCGCGCGUCGCCGCGCCGCCGCGCCCGCCGCCGGCGCCGUCGGCCGCGGCUCCGGCCGCGCGGCCGGCCCAGACGCCGGUGGCCCCGGAGGCGCCGUCGCCGCACGAGGCGCAGAUCCUGGCGGAGAUGCUCGACGCGUCGCCGGGCGUCGGCUGGAGCGACGUCAAGGGCCUCGAGGGCGCGAAGCGCACGCUCAAGGAGGCCGUGGUGCUGCCCUACCUGCGGCCGGACUUGUACAAGGGCCUCCGGUCCCCGCCGAAGGGCGUCCUCCUCUUCGGCCCGCCGGGCACGGGCAAGACGCUGCUGGCCGAGUGCGUCGCGUCCGAGAGCCGCUUCGCCUUCUUCGCGCUCUCGGCGUCGGCGUUGACGUCCAAGUGGCUCGGCGAGGGCGAGAAGCUCGUGAAGGCGCUCUUCAAAGUCGCGAGGGACCGCGCGCCGUCCGUCGUCUUCCUCGACGAGGUCGACUCGCUGCUGAGCCGGCGCGGCGACGGCGACCACGAGGCGAGCCGGCGCCUCAAGACGGAGUUCCUCGUGCAUCUGGACGGCCUCGGCGGCGGCGGGCGCGUGCUCUUCAUGGGCGCGACGAAUCGCCCGUGGGACUUGGACGACGCGUUCCUCCGCCGCGUGCCGCGGCGCGUGCUCAUCCCGCUGCCCGACGGCGCCGCGCGGCGCGCGUUCCUGGACGCGCUGCUCGACGGCGAGGACGGCGCGCGCACGUCGCUCGACGCGGCGCGGCGCGAAAAGGUCGUCGCCGCGACGGAGGGCUACUCCAUGUCGGACCUGCGCGCGCUCGCGGAGGAGGCGGCCAUGGGGCCCCUGCGGGCGCUG